AUGGGCUACUGGGGAGUUUUUUUGGGGCUACUCUUGUCAGGUGGAAAUCUUUGUGCUGCUUUGCAAAGCCUCAACACCAAUGACACGCUCAUCCCGAGCGAAAGAGUAUGGACAUGGACACGGGCGCCAACACAGCCGCAGACACCAGAUCAUCACUCAACCAAGACAGAGCAGAGUAGACAAGGACCUUUCUCUGUCAGCCAACGGCUCUGGGUCCACCAGCUGAAGAGGCCUGCUGUUAAGGAGCAUGUGCAAAGCCUGCAAACACUGGAGGCCAGAGCGCCAGCGCUGCAGUCCACUGUCCAAGAUGACAUUUUGAAGACCAUAAUUCAAGGCCCAGAUCUUGACCCGCCCAUUGAGCUGGAUCCAAAGAUGGUGGUUGACUUUGAGCAGCGUGUGCCCGUGCCAGCUGACAGCCUGGCGGUGCAAUGUGGCGAGGGAGAGGUCAUCAUAGAGGUCAAGCAGAACUUUUUAGGAAAUGGUCAGAUGAUCCAGCCAACUGAUCUGACCUUAGGAGGCUGCGGUCUGUUGCACGUAGCUGACCGCAUGCUGCGUUUCCAGACAGAGCUGCACGCCUGUGGCAGCACAAAGAAGAUGACAGAUGAAGCCCUCAUCUACACCUUUUCACUCACCUACUCUCCUGCACCAGUUGGCAGCACUUUAAUUUUGAAGACUAACCCUUCCGAGGUACUAAUUGAAUGCCACUAUCCAAGGAGGCACUAUGUGAGCAGUGAUGCCAUUAUGCCUCAUUGGCAGCAGUUUGCCUCCAGCCUGUUAACAGAGCAGCAGCUUCACUUCUCCCUCAGGCUCAUGACAGAGGAGUGGCAGUCGCAGAGAUCCACCGGUGUUUACUAUGCGGGCGAGAUGAUGCAUAUUGAAGCCUCGGCCCUCCAGGGCCACCAUGUUCCACUGAGGGUCUAUGUUGACAGAUGUGUGGCCACCGCAAGCUCUGCCCCAAAUUCUCAACCGGCAUAUACCUUUAUCGACAACCAUGGGUGUCUAGUAGAUGCUAAGCUGACAGGAGCCAAGUCCUACUUCAUGCAGAGAAGCCGUGAGGAUAAACUGGCUUUCCAGCUGAAAGCUUUCCAUUUCGCCCAGGAUCACAGGAAUUCGCUUUACAUCACAUGUUGGCUGACAGCAACGAGAGUCUCUGUCCCAGUCAACUUGCAGCAGAAAGCUUGUUCAUUUUUAGUUGAAGCCAACAGAUGGGUGGCAUCAGGUGGCGACAACAAGGUGUGUAGCUGCUGUGAAAGCAGCUGCAGUGAGCAGAGGCGGAAAAGGAACCUCAGACAGGAUGCUGGACUGGCAGGUCUUUUUCCACACUUGCACUGGGAGGGGAUGGCUCGUCCAGGUCCCAUCCAAGUGGAGGAGGACAUUGUGUCGCAGCCAGAAUCCAAUUCUACGUUUCACAUCCAAGAAGUUACGCAAGCUGCUUCAUCCCGAUCUUUAGCCGCAGUGGGUGCUGUGCUGGCGGUGGUGUUGCUUGCUGUCAUGGGUGCUGCCAUUUGCAGCAGAGUGCACAAAUUCACCUUAAAGAGCCGACCGAUGCGUCGCUUUACUGCCAGGGCAACGUUGACCCCCUCCCGUCGCCAACACACCAGAGGCUCGUAAAAAGCAAUAUCUAAUGAUGUACCAGCGUGGAGGCAUGACAGUGACAUCAAGACACAGGGAAGGAAACCCAUAAGCCUUUCCCUAAAAGAAUCAAUAAUGAGGUGGGACAUUUUUAUGAUAGGUUGUUAAUGAGACAAUCUAAGAAAACAUUUCAGCUCUAAUUAUCCACAAUGUUCACCGAAUGGGCUUCCCGCAAUCUUGAUUAUUCUUUUUUUUUUCCUGCAUCACACCCUGUAUUUUAGUGGUGUGGCAUAUACAAAACUCAGGGACAGCUUUAAGAGGAGUCACCCGAGCAUAAAAAGGUCUUGUCUUGUUUUUAGUGCUGAAGACGCAUGCUAACGCUGGCUGGGCCCGAGCUGAUGAAGUGGCAGUGGGUGCUGAAUCCCCCCCCUCCCUUUUCUCUCCUCUCUUUUCCCCUCCACCCACUAACAGGAUAUAUGACCCCAAAAGCCACAAGCAUACGCGAUGGUCGUUCGCACAUUUGUACGCUUGAGCACACGCCAUCAACAGUAAUGGAGUGUGUGAGACCGGCAGGGAGCGUAUUGCAUUGCUGUAGCCUACAUGGAGUUUAUUUCUCCAGUCCUUUGGGGCAAUGCAGCAAACCUGUUUGCUUUGAGUCGGCCAAAACAUGAGCUUGAAAGGACGUGACUGCAGUUUUUGCAGGUGAACCUCUGAGGGUAUGCUUAGAUGAAAACAAGCAAAG